AUGUCUACAGUUUACUACCGCAGCUCCUCUUCCACUCAUGGUGGCAGUUUGGGUGUUGGGGGCGGCGGCUCCAGCCGCAUGUCCAGCGCCCACCUUGGAUCAUCCAGCAUCCAUGGGGGAGGUGGUGGCCGCAUGUCUGCUUCUUCUGCUAGGUUCGUAUCUUCUGGAGUAGGACUUGGAGGUGGCUAUGGAUGCGGGAUUGGCUUAGGAGGAGGCUAUGGAGGUGCCUUAGUUUCUAGUGGAGGAGUUGGCUUUGGUAGCUGCUACGGCGGUGGUGCUGGUGCAGGCUUCGGCGGUGGUGCUGGUGGAGGCUUCGGCGGUGGUGCUGGUGGAGGCUAUGGUGGUGGCUAUGGAGGAGGCUUUGGUGGUGGAUUCGACUUCAUGGGAGGCGGCGGUGAUGGAGGCCUCCUUACUGGAAAUGAGAAGAUUACCAUGCAAAAUCUCAAUGACCGCCUGGCUAACUACCUGGACAAGGUGCGAGCCCUUGAAGAGGCAAACACCGAACUGGAGAUCAAGAUCCGUGACUGGCAUAACAAGCAGGCUCCCACCACCCAAACCAGGGACCUCAGCCAUUAUUUCAAGACCAUUGCGGAUCUUAAAGACAAGAUUCAUAAUUGUACAGUUGACAAUUCCAGGAUUAUUUUGGAGAUUGACAAUGCUAGACUGGCUGCUGAUGACUUCAGACUGAAAUAUGAGAAUGAGCUACAUCUCCGCCAGGGAGUUGAGGCUGACAUCAAUGGCUUACGCAGAGUCCUGGAUGAACUUACCCUGUCCAAAUCUGACUUGGAGAUGCAGAUUGAAGGUCUGAAGGAGGAUCUGGCCUACCUCAACAAGAAUCAUGAGGAGUUAAUGAAAGAGUUCAGCACCCAACUGACUGGAAACGUCAGUGUUGAGAUGGAUGCCGCACCUGGAAUUGACCUCACCAAAGUUUUGGCUGACAUGAGAGAACAAUACGAACAACUGGCUGAAAAGAAUCGCAGAGACGCAGAAGCUUGGUUCUUCACUAAGACUGAAGAACUGAACCGCGAAGUUGCCACCCACACUGAACAGCUACAGAGCGGCAAGAGCGAAAUAUCUGAACUGAGGCGCAACAUACAGAGCUUGGAGAUUGAGCUGCAGUCACAACUUAGUAUGAAAGCUGGCUUGGAAACCAGCCUGGCAGAGACGGAAGGACGCUAUUGCGCUCAGUUGGCUCAGAUCCAGAACUUGAUCUCUGGUGUGGAAGAACAGCUUGCGGAGCUGAGGGGUGACAUGGAACGCCAGAAUCAGGAAUACAAGAUGCUCAUGGACAUCAAGACACGGUUGGAGCAGGAGAUUGCCACCUACCGCAACCUGUUGGAGGGUCAGGACUCUAAGCUGUUGGCAUGGUCUUCAAAAGACGCAUCCCAUGGUGGGGGCAGCACCUCCAUCACCUACAGCUCUGGUCCCAGCGGUGGCAUGAGCUACAGCAGCGGCGGCGGCGGCGGCAGCACCAGCAUCACAACCAGCAGCAGCAGCACCAAACUGCGCUCUGGCAACUUCUGA